AUGGGGCGCCCGCGGGUGUGGAAGAUUUGCCAGGCGCUGCUACGCCAGGCGUCGCAGCGGUUCGCUUCGGCCUCUGAGCUGCCCAGCCUCGUCGGACACUUCAACUGGGCCGCUCUUCUACGUCUUCCUCUCUUGUGCAUCUUUCAGUCUACAUGCCACCGCUUCAUCAAGCAGGCCGGUGACAACCGCUGGAGGCUUUGGCCCGAGGUCGUUCGGGAUCUACGCGCGGCUGCUGCUCUGGUGCCGUUCGCCGACUGCGACGCGAAGCGCCCCGUGGACACGAUGGUCUGCUUCACCGAUGCCAGCGCGGGUGACCUCGACCCGCUCGGCUGGAUGUUCGGCGGUUACGGCAGCACCGAGCGCGAGGUCGACUCUAAGAUUGUGAUCGAGACGGCGCGGGUGAGGAAGCGCUGGCGCUGCCGCGGUGAGGGGGCCAUCAACGCUCGAGGUUUCGCUUUUGCGAACAGCGACGCCCCCUCGCACGAGCAGGCGUCGUUCGCCGCCUUCGACUCGGAACUCGCCCUCAUGUUGGAGGCGUGGCAGGACGUGACUUCCGGGCGGUGGAGCCGCGAGGGGGCUUUCCUGGGGCUCGAGGGCCGCGCACUGUCUCUGGGCAUUCGCCACAAGAUGCGCGCCUUCCGCUCGCGAGGCCAUUUGCACCGAAUGCUCAAUGGUGACUUGUCCUUGGUACUUCAAGUUGGAAAGGGUCGGUCCGCAUCUCCUUUGAUCAAUCAGGCGUUUCGGGGGAUCUGCAGUUGCAGCAUCGUUCAGGACAUAUCCGUAGCCGUGCGACGGCUACCUUCAGAGUGGAACACCUCCGACAAGGCUUCGCGCACCAUGACAGGCGCCCUUGGCCUCUUCGCUGCCGGCCCCCGCAAUGUUGGCACGGCCUGGGCCAGCCUCGCGCGGGGAGCCGCUGUCGAGAAAGCGAGCAGAGACAACUACGACCACCCCGUCAAGCGAGCCCGACGCCGAGGCCGCUGCCGAUACUUCGACUUCGGCGAGCUCGGCUGUGGAGCCCCUCCUCCAGCUCGAGCGAAGGCAGCAGGCCGCGCGGAGCUGGCGCGCCAGAAGGCCAAUCGGGCGAAGCGGAGAGCCCCGAAGUUCGGCGGCAUCAACUGCGACCCUCGGCGUGGGCUGACCUUCUUGCAGAGGCGCAAGGUGCGCGCGGCCACCAUCGGCAGCUUCGACAAGCACGUGGCCAGCUUCCUGGAGUGGGCCGAGGUGCCGUCGCUGGAUGCCAUCACGGUAGGCCGCCUGGACGGCCUUCUGGCGGGCUACUUGGACAUGCUGUUCUGGGGCGGGGAGCUCGCGGAGACGGGCUCGCGGCUGCUGGCGUCCGUGCAGCGCUGGCUUCCGCGCGUGCCGAGGCCCAAGCAGGGGGGCCUUCCGCUGGCGCGGGCCGCGCUGUCAGGCUUUCAAGCGAACUCCAGGGGCGCGCCGAUGAUGCCCGUCGGGAAGCCCACCAUCUGGGCCCUCAUCGGGAUUGCCGCGCUGGAGGACGACUUCGAGUGGGCGGGCGCAUUGGCGCUGGCGCGAGACGGCAUGAUCCGCCUGCCGAGCGAUCUCGUCAACGUGACGGCCGAGACGCUCGCGGGGCCAGGACGCGCGGCUGCUCCGCGCUGGGCGGCGUUGGCGCACCCGAUCGAGGGUUCGACGCGCAGCGUGGCGCUCGCGCAGGACGAGGGCGCGCUGCUGCGGGGCGCGGCUUGGCGCGGCGGCGGCGGCAGCUUCCCGCGACGGCCCCGCGCUGCUCGAUUCGCUGGCGCGCGCCUGUGGUCGUUCGGGGCGGCGCAGUUCAACGCGGAGUUCAACCGUCGGCUCGCCUCGGUGCCGGGCGCGCCCGACGCGAUCCCGCGCCAGCUGCGACAGUCGGCGGCGCGUCGCGCCGCCGCCGUGGAGGGCGCGAGCCCGAUGGAUCCGCUGCAGGGCCGCCUGCGCCGCGCCAGCGCGCAGAGCGCCGCGCGGCACUCGCGGCGCGUCCGCCACCCCGCCGCGCAAGAGAAGGUCAACGAGGAGGGCGCGACCUGGCCCGAGCAGGUGUGGGCCGACAUCGGCCAGAUCCUGGGCGAGCAGCGGCGGCCCCAGCGCCCGCCGUUCCUGCUCGGGGAGCGUCUGGAGUCGAAGCGGCCCUGCGGAGCCUCGCCGGGGGCGGGGCACGGCACCUGCUGCGAGCAGCCGGCGUCGGCCAGGUAUGAGAUCGAGGUGAUCAGCCUGUUCUACCAGUACGCCGUCGACAAGAGCAAGAGGAGCAAGCGGAGCGACUCCGACGGCAACGGGGUGAACCACAGGGGGUCCGACGCGGGCCUGAGGGGGUCCCACGACUCGGCCGCGGUCGGCCACCGCAUGUCGACCGCGGUCGGCAAGUUCAAGUCCAUGAAGCAGGUGGUGGGCGAGGCCUUCUCUCGCCAUCAGGGGUCGAAGUCAAAGUCGGCCUUCUUCGGAGGGGCCUGGGGAUCCGGGAGCAGCAGCCUCUCCAUGGGCGACCUGCCUGCGGCCUCCGAGGACGAUACCCUGCAGGAUUACUUCCUCACGGUGGACCACCUGGCAAGUCUGGCAAACGAUCUCGGAUUCCAGGAUCUGGGUCGUGACGAGAUUGCUCGCAUAUACGCAAGCAUGCCCACGGAUCAGAGUGGCAAGGUGGGGCGGGAGCAGUUUGCGGCUGCCGUGAAGGAGGGCCCAGGAGCGAUCACGUUGCGGCUGCUGGUGCGCAAGCUGCAGAAGGGUUUUGCAUACGGCUUCAAGAUGCCAGAGCAAUACGAUUUCACGAAGCCCACCAGCGAGAACUACAAGGUGGACGACAGGGAGUUCACCGAGGAGUUCGAGCGCUUCAGGAGGGGCAUUGAUUACACGUACCACAACAACUACACCUUGGAGAGGCAGCGUUGGCAAGACGAGGUGAUCAAGAGUACGAUUGUGCGCUCGUCCGAGCAGCCGGCGCCCUGGCUCGUGUUCACCUGCGGCCCCAUGGGCGUCGGCAAGGGCUACUGCAUGAACUGGAUGUCCAAGCACGGCUUCUUCCCGCUCGAGAAUAUCGUGCACGUUGACCCUGAUGCCUUCAAAAUGAUGAUGCCUGAGUGGCCGAAGUACGUGAAGAAGAGUGGGGAGGAGAAGCUGGCACUUUGUGCCACAUGGAGUCGUCCUUCAUGA